UCCUCCCCUAGCCCUGGGAGGAGCCUGAGUUUCAAGUCAGGUGAGCCACUAAAGAAAAAUACUACUAGAAUCUGAGCUCCGGCUGACUUCUUCCCGGCCUCCCUCAUCAUUUGAUCUCUCUGGAUUUGGCAGGAGUCAGAAUUACAGCUGGAUGUGACCCAAGAACUAGGAGGCCAAAGCCAAAAAUUAGGAACCCAAGCUCACAAGGAAUCAGGACUACGAGGAACCAGGAGCCAGCGCCAACCAGGUGUUUGGGAUUACAAACUAAGAGAUUGGCUCUAAUUCUGGAGAGGGUAGUGCUGGGACUCUGAGAAGGGAAAAAUUGGUGGCCCUAGCAUCGUCAAGUGUUGGGGGGGGUGAUCCCCAUAGAAGCCUCGGGCCUCUGCCAUGCUAAGCAGUCGGGUCCACUGACAAAGUCUCAGAGAAAUUGAAGCAAUCAGCCAGGAUAGAAUAGAUGUUUUUUGCCUUUUCCUACUGAAUUUUGAACUCCUGAAACGCCAACCCCUAAUCUCUAACCACUGACUCUGGUCCUGUCUUCCUGGAAAGAUAUGGCCAUGGGCAGCCAGGAGCCAGAGCCAACUGAGCCUGUGUCUAGGUCCCCAGAUGAAGAGGACCGAAUGGAGAGCUUGGCUCCUUCAACCCCCUGCCCUCCUGAGGCUGCCCCUGUGGACAGUGAGCCCCUAUUGGGGGCCACAGCUCAGUGGGCUCUCCAGCUCCUGGAGGACGUAGAAGACGAGUGCCCUAUCUGUACAGAGCCUUAUGGGGCAGAUGAGCACCUCUUGGUGUUGCUGAACUGUGGACAUGGCCUGUGCCAGCACUGCCUAAACAGGCUCAUGGGCACAGCUCCCAGCACUGAUCUGGGCCGUGUGCGGUGCCCGCUGUGCCGGCAGAAGACUCCAAUGUUGGAGUGGGAGAUCUACCAACUACAGGAGGAGUUGCUCCAGGCUGACGGGCCCCAACCCCCACCACCUCCCAGCCCCCCAGCCCUUCCUCCCCGUGGGACAGGGCUUCAGGCUUCCCUGGAGCACCGUUAUCAAUUUCGAGGAAACCGAGGUUGCCUCCCCUUCUUGCCUUGCCCACCCUGUCUGAUCACCAGGCUCUGGGCCCUUCGUGAAAGGGGGCCUUCCACCCGAUGCCUGGUCUUGCUGACAAUGGUAGCCUUGGAGGUGUUUGGACUGGUACUCAUUUUUCUGCCCCUUCUACUACUUGCCUUGCUCUUUAUCCUACUUAACUAUUCAGCUCACUGACCAGCCAGCCUGGGCUCAAAGACCUUGGAGUGGGUGGGCUUGCUCACCACUUACCAAUGAUUUGCUCAUCAAAGAAGUAGGAAGACUAGAACAUUACAACACCCUGUCACUGGAGGGAUCCUGAACUGAAUGAACUGAUAAUUAGCUCUGAGAAAUUCUAGGGGAUAAUUCUUCUUGGAGCUAAUGGUCAUCAAUUGGAGAGCUUAAACUUUGAUUUGAUCACAACUUCCUCAGCCAUCCUCCUUGAUAAGUCAAGACUGAAUGGGGGGGGAAAGAAAGAACUGGAUUACUGACCGAAGUAAGUUCACAAUCUGGAUAAUGUGUUGAAAUUAUUAUUUACAUUAGUGAAAAGAAGUGGGGGUGGGAGUGGGAUGGCAAUGAAUACCCUAAGAUGGUGGGCUUGGAAGGGACAGGUGUGGACAGCCUGGUGGAGAGACAAGUGCCUUCUUGGGAUAGGAAGUAUAGAAACAGACCACUCAGGUCGCUGGGGGGAGGGACAGAAAUGUCCUCUGUUCCUCUUUGUCUGGAGCUCUCAGAUAAGGGCCAUGCUGCUGGUGUUCUCUGAAGGUCAGACAGGCUUGGGCUUGAAGGUGAGGAAAUAGAAACUGCUCCUACCCAAAUAGGGUGAAAUCUCGGGCCUCACAUUGCUAGGAGGGAGAACUCCAGAGGAGAGCUGCUCUCCUAACAUAUGGACAUGUUUCCUCUGACAAAGGUAUGGCCAGCUGUGGUGAACACAAUUUAUCCGGGUGUAAAAAUGCUAGGGGACACAAAUUCCAAAGUGACCCCUUCUGCAGCCACCUAAUUCUCCUGGAACUUGCCUCCCACACAUAUAUACACUCCAGGCCACAAAAGAGAGCCCAUAAAAAAGAACAGCUCACAAGCUUUGGGGACAGAGACACAGCAAUGCUGGAUGGGAGAGAGCAGCAGUCCAGUGUACAGAAUGGAGCUGAGAAUCUAGCUCUCAUCAAACUACAUCUUAAGAACUAUAUCCAGAUAGUAAAAAGCUGGAAUGUGUCCAGAAGACUGACCAGACAUAUGAGAGGCCUGUAGACUAUGUCAUGUGAGAAUUGGUUGAAAGAACUAUGUAUCAUCCAUUGGGAAAUGGUCCAUCUAGUAAAGAUAUAUGAAUGUAAUAUAAUAAAUCACUAUGCUGUAAGAAAUGAUGAAUGCAAAGAAACAUGGAAAGAUUUGUCC